CUUCUCUGUCUCUCUGAGUUCCCUCUAGUUUUUUGGGGGGGGAGGAAAGUGCGUAAAGACGCUUGCUGCUCUUUAGGAUGGAGCGCGUAAAGGACUGCGUUUCCUCCGCUGGGAUGUUUAUUCUGGGGCUGCUGUCUGUGCUCUGGCCGGCGCUGAGUGGAGUUUGGAGUUUUAACUUUUACGCAGAGCAUCCAUCGGUUUACAGGGGACCCGAUGGAAGUUAUUUCGGUUAUUCUGUGGACUUCUACCAAGCUACCGCCAACAGCAACACGUUCAGUGUGUUGGUGGGGGCUCCUAAAGCGAACACCUCCCAGCCCGGCAUCGUGGAGGCUGGAGCCGUCUAUUACUGCCCCUGGCCCGGACUGCCUGAUAGCUGCAGACAGAUUCCUUUUGACAAUUCCAAUAACAGAAUGAUUAAAGUAAAUGGCACCAGAGAGCCUCUGGAGUUUAAGUCGCACCAGUGGUUUGGAGCGUCGGUCAGGACGCACAAAGGCAAAGUGGUGGCUUGUGCUCCGCUCUACCACUGGCGGACGGUGAAGGUGAGCGGGGAAAAGGACCCCGUCGGGACCUGCUAUGUUGCCGUCCAGAACUUCAGCGCCUACGCAGAGUACUCACCCUGCAGGACCAACGAUCCGGACCCGGAGGGGCAGGGGUUCUGCCAGGCCGGCUUCAGUGUGGACUUCACUAAGGAAGGACGGCUGGUAGUAGGAGGACCUGGAAGCUUCUACUGGCAAGGUCAGGUGAUGACAGCAGGGAUAGCAGAGAUACUGAAUGGCUACUCUUUAAAGGCGGUGCUGAGGCAGGUUCCAGGCGAGAAGCACACCAGAGCUGCCGAAGACACGCACGACGACAGCUACCUCGGUUACUCUGUGGCAGUGGGAGAGUUUACAGGAGACUCUGAACAAGAGCUGAUAGCUGGAGUUCCAAGAGGAGCUCAGAACUUUGGAUAUGUGGCGAUGAUCAACUCCACCAAUCUGACCUUCAUCCAGAACUUCACAGGGGAGCAGAUGGCUUCCUAUUUUGGCUACUCGGUGGCUGUCACUGAUUUGAACGGAGACGGGACGGACGAUGUUCUGGUUGGUGCGCCGCUUUUCAUGGAGAGGGAGAUGGAGAGUAAACCCAGGGAGGUCGGGAGGGUCUACCUGUACCUGCAGCUGGCUCCGCUCACUUUUUCCCAACCUGUUCCUCUGACCGGCACCCACACCUUCGGACGCUUCGGCACAGCUAUCGCACCCCUAGGAGACGUCAACCAGGAUGGAUACAAUGACGUGGCGGUGGGCUGUCCGUUCGGAGGCGAGGAGCGUGGAGGCAGAGUAUUGAUCUUUAACGGCAACAGAGACGUGUCCACGCAAGGCCUGACGCUGAGCCAGGAGCUGCGAGCGGCCUCGAGCCCCGGGGCCAGUUUGCCUGGAUUCGGAUUCACUCUGAGAGGAGGCCAAGACGUGGACAACAAUCAGUAUCCCGAUCUGAUCGUGGGGGCGUUCGGUGUCGGCGAGGUGUCAGUGUACAGGGCUCAAGCCGUAGUAUCUGUGGAAGCUUCGAUGAUCUUGACUCCCAGAAUCCUGAAUCCCGAUGACCGACAGUGCCACCUGCCCCAGAUGAACACCAUGGUUACCUGCCUGAAGGUGGAUGUGUGUGCAGCGGUAAGCGGCGUGGGGAUCCCCAGCUCUGUAGACCUGAAAGCCGAGCUGCAGCUGGAUUGGCUGAAGGGCAGCAGGGGCGGAGUUAAGCGGGUUCUCUUCCUGGACACCCAGCAGCCUCAGCACACCGGGCUCCUCAAGCUGGGCCACAACCGUCCACGUGCAUGUCUGACCUACAUGAUUUAUCUCAGAGAGGAUGACGAGUUCAGGGACAAACUGACCCCGAUCUCUCUGGCUCUGAACUACAGCCUGGCUCCUCCCGCUCGUGAUCAAAACCUCCCACCUGUCCUCAACCACUACAGCAGCACCUUCCUCCAAGAACACGCUUACAUUCUCCUGGACUGCGGCGACGACAACAUUUGCAUCCCCGACCUGCAGCUCUCUGCUAGCAUGGACCGAGCCGAGCUGGUGAUUGGAGAUGACAAUCUGGUCAUGCUGACCAUCACUGCGGUGAACCGAGGAGAGGGAGCCUACGAGACGGAGCUCCACGCGCUGAUACCACCGGAGGCCGACUACAUUGGAGUUCAGCGCAAGGUGGAGUCUCUCUCGGAGCUAAAUUGCGAGUACAAGAUGAUCAACGAGUCCAGGAUGGUGGUGUGCGACCUCGGGAACCCAAUGGUGGCCGGGACGGAGCUGUCUGUUGGUUUGAGGUUUUCGGUCCAAAAGCUGGAAGAUUCUGGACCAAAAAUCAGCUUCGAGCUGCAGAUCCACAGCUCCAACAAAGAUAACCCCGACAGCAACCUCGUCAGCCUGAAUCUGUCCAUCGUCGCUGUAGCUCGACUCGAUUUGCGUGGGGUGUCUCAUCCCUCUCAGGUGGUGCUGCCAUUCCCAAACUGGGAACCCAAAGAGAAGCCUGUCAAAGAGGAAGACGUUGGACCACAAGUAACCCACAUCUAUGAGCUCCAUAACUUCGGUCCCAGCAGUAUUGGGGAGUCUGAGCUUGAGAUUGGCUGGCCCUCUCGUUUCCGUGACGAGAACCUGCUGUAUGCCAUGGAGAUUCAAACUGACGGACCAAUUAGCUGCCGGACAAACACCAGCCUUAACCCACACGGCCUUCAGAUCUCUGCUCUCCAGGACACACCGGAGCUCCUGGGUUUCUUGAGGAACACCAGCGGUCCUCCUCACCGCCGCAAGCGAUCCGUCAGCGCCGCUCAGAGUUACAGCAGUAAAACCCUGAACUGCACCAACAUCUCCUGCCUGAAGAUCAUGUGUGUGGUCGGGCGGCUGCAUCGAAGGCAGAGUGUCGUGGUUAAGAUCCGAUCCAGACUCUGGGCACAUACUUUCCUGCAGAGGCGAAACGACCCCUAUGUUCUCAACUCUACUGUGUCCUUCAUGGUGAUGUCCAUGCCUUACCGCAUCCAACCAACCACCUUGCCUCAACACAAAACCUCGAUGGGGACCCUGGUGUUAUGGGGGACUCCUGAUGUGUCCUUCGCUGUUCCUCUCUGGGUCAUCAUCCUGGCCAUUCUGCUAGGGCUGCUGGUGCUGGCCAUGCUGACGUUAGCCAUGUGGAAGUGCGGCUUCUUUGAUCGGGCGAGGCCGCCAGCAGACGACGACGUCUCCGACCAGGAGCAGCUGACGUCCGAGCAAACAGGAGACGCCUAAAUGACAGCUUCUGGUUGGAGGACUGUGGUUUUGGGAGGGACGUGCACCUUCUGAAUACCGUAAAUCAGAUCUGUGAUCUGUAUUAGCUCCUUGGCUGGAGGUCUCCUGCCUCCGUGUUGAUGAAAGUGACUGAAAGGACGGACUGAAGGCGGCAACGCCACACAGACUGGGACCAAAGAACAGCGUCCAAAGCAGACAGAGUGGGGCCAACACACUUAACAGGCUCAAUCACACACACAUGUCCGUUGUUUAUUCGCUGUGAUGAAGCACCAGAAGUGAAGACAGAACGGACUUUGUUGUGAAGACAAUGCUUUAAAUGUUUUUGUGUGUCUUUGUUAGUGAGGCACAAAGAGACUUGAGAUCAAUGCACAAGUGCUUUUGUGAGUGAGUGUGUGUGUGAGUGUGUGUGUGCAGGUACUGUACAUAUGUAUGUGUUUGUUAGGUGCCUCUUGUGUCUUUCUUUGUGCAGUUAUUGAGUUAUUUCACCACCACCGGGUUUAAUUUAUCCCAGUUUUCUUCAACUGGACUGUAUAUCGUUCACACACACACAUAAGAUGCAGCCACGCGCUUAAACAAAAAGGCACAAAGUGUAGUGAAGUGUAUAUUUAUGAAUGUAUGUGCAAUAUUGGGGCAUUGUGUGAUACUGAGGCUUGUUUACACUGGCAUUAUUUUAUUAGAGCUUAAUGUUUUCAUUGUUUAUGUAUAUAUGUAAGUGACUAAUUAGAAUAUUAAAUAUUAAUAUUUGCAAACAACAAAGCAUUUCGACUGACUUAAGCCGCCACAUAGCAUUUAAAAACGUGAGGAGACCAACAAGAGAUAAAUUAUUAUUGUCUUAUAGUGACUAUAGAGUUUUAUCUGUGAGGAAACAGACCAUAUCUUCACCGUCCUGCCCCGCUCGGUAAAGGUUUCCAUGGAUGUCUUUUCUAACACUGAUAAGACUUCAAAAAGUAGCCGCAAAGAUAGUCAGUCCAUGUCAGAAACACAUCACUUUGUAGACAGUCUGAGACUGUGUACAUUACUGCACGUACUGUAUGACAUUUAGCAGUGUGAGUCAUGUUGUUUAUCUGUUAUUGAUGCAUCAGGCACAGGCAGGCGGAACAAAGUGGUCGGGGCAUCAACAGUACCCUGAAUUCAAAACUAAAUGUAACUGUGUUAUGUUUGAGUUGUUUUUCAGUUUUGUAUCAAGUGUGAAGUUUUAUCAGAAUAAAGUUCUGUUUGAUUACUGACUCUG